AUGGCAGUGUCAACUCCUCCAUUCUCAAACCUGACUAUCGAAUCUCCUUCAUCCGCUCCAGGCGUCCACAUCAUCACCAUGAACAAGCCCCCUGAGAACCGACUAAACGUGGCCUUCGCGCAGACCCUGAUCUCCGCCCUGCGAUACAUCGAGAUAAAGCUGAUGAAGCCCAACGCCCCCGGUGCCGUGAUCAUCUCGUCCUUCUCGGAUAAAUUUUGGUGUACGGGUCUCGACCUGGACGAGUCCGAUUCCAACGUCUACGCCAAUGCAGAUGGAUUCUACCCUCUGCUCGCGACGCUGGUCGACUACCCAUAUCCCACCAUCGCCUUGAUAACAGGACACACCUUCGGAGGUGCCUGCCCCUUCAUGCUAGCCUGUGAUUAUCGCAUUAUGAACAGCAAACGUGGCUUCAUCAGCAUGCCACCCGUGAAUCUCGGGCUACAUUUUGACGGGAUCGGCGCCUUGCCUAGGCUCAAGCUACAUCCGAAAAUUGCCAGGAAAAUGCUGCUUGAAGCGCACAAGUGGACCGGGAAGAGUGCCCUUGAAGAUGGCAUUGUCGAUGAAAUCUGUGAGCCUGACGGGAUGAGGCAGAGAGCAAUCGAUUUUGCGGCCACGAUCGCUCCUCGCGGUAUCAUGGGAGUGUACGGUUUGCUGAGGUCAGAAUUGUGGGGAGAGGCGUUGGACAAGUUCAAAGCCAUCAGUUACGUUCAUAGGAAGAGGGUUGGGACGGCCGCAAAGGCGAAAAUCUAG